AGGUUCUUGGGGGCAGCCAAAAUGAUGUCCUUUGUCUCUCUGCUCCUGGUUGGCAUCAUGUUUCCUGCCAUUCAGGCAAAGCAAUUUACAAAAUGUGAGCUGUCCCAGGUGCUGAAAGACAUGGAUGGCUUUGGAGGCAUUGCUUUGCCUGAGUGGAUCUGUACUAUAUUUCAUACCAGUGGUUAUGAUACACAAACCAUAGUCAGUAACAAUGGCAGCACAGAAUAUGGACUCUUCCAGAUCAACAAUAAAUGUUGGUGCAGGGACAACCAGAUCCUUCAGUCAAGGAACAUCUGUGACAUCUCCUGUGACAAGUUCCUGGAUGAUGACCUUACUGAUGACAUGAUUUGUGCCAAGAAGAUUCUGGAUAAGGAAGGAAUUGACUACUGGUUGGCCCAUAAACCACUCUGCUCUGAGAAGCUGGAACAGUGGCACUGUGAGAAGUUGUGAGUGCCUGCUGUCAUUGCUGCUUCUGCCCUCUGUAUAUUCCUGGAAUGCCUCUUCCCUAAGGCUACCUCAGUUUGCCUCUUUCUUCCCCCUUGAAGCUGAUUUGUCUCUGAGUCCUGAGCCCUGUAGUGACACCAUUGGACACUUGAGGACUAUUCUCCAGCGAUGCAUGACUGGUACACUGGACUUUUGACCCUUGUUCAGUGCCCUCCGAUAGCACUUUCACUACAACAAUGGAUUCCACCUUUGUCUUGAAUAAAGGGCCUGAUUUUGA